UAGAGGUACUACACUUCCUCACUUUCCUUAAUGUUUACUGCGAUUAAUUAUUUUCCGUGCAAACAUCGAUCAUCAGUCCCAAACCAAAUCCCUAAUUUGUUGAUUCGUGCAACGUCUCAAUCAUUGUUUGGAGGAAUUUGGAGUGCUGUAAUUGAAUAGAAUAAAUAGAGGCAAACAAGAAGUGAUCGCUGACAUGGAUGAUCCGAAAGAAAGCCUUGACGAUGGUGAUGACAAGAACGUGAAGCGAAAUCUUCCUUCAUGGAUGGCUUCGAGAGAGAAUGAGAGUAAAUCUCAUGGAAAGAAGCAUACCCAUGUUGGUGCGCAUGGAAAAAGUAACGAAACCCAAAAAAAAUCUUCGCCCUCCAAGUCGAAUGCCUCGGGAUUUUCCAAACUUAUGGAAAGGGUUGUGUUCGUGUUGUCAGGGUUUGUUAAUCCUGAACGGAGUGUGUUAAGGUCGCAGGCAUUGGAAAUGGGAGCGGAGUAUCAACCUGAUUGGAACCCGGAUUGCACCCUUCUGGUUUGCGCAUUUCCUAAUACCCCAAAGUUUCAACAAGUUGAGGCAGGUGGUGGAACUAUUGUUUCCAAGGAGUGGAUAUCAGAGUGUUACAACCAGAAAAAGCUUGUUGAUAUUGAAAGUUACCUUAUGCAUGCUGGUAAACCAUGGCGGAGGCAAAGUACUUCUCACGAAGCCAGCCAAGAUCAAGAACCAUCCAAAUCUCGGAAAUUUCAGAAGCAAGUAGAACGAGGCUCACAUUUAAAGCCAUCUGCUUCGUCCAAGACCGAUUCUUCUAAACCUGCCAAGGAUUUUUUUUCUACUUCUACGCUGAAGAAAUGGGCUAUUAAUGAUUUGAAUAAUACAAUAUCAUGGUUGGAGAGCCAAGAAGAAAAGCCAGAGCCGAGCGUGAUAAAGAAAGUAGCUGCUGAAGGGAUCCUGACUUGUUUAGAAGACGCCAUUGAUUCUUUUAAGCAAGAGCAGGACAUCCAACAAAUAACUGAGCAGUGGAAUUUCAUCCCUCGGGUGGUUGAGGAACUGGCAAAGCUUGAAGGCGCUGGGAGUGGUUCGACUUUACUUUCUAAGGAAGAUCUUUACAGACAAGCUAUGGCCUGUAAACAAAUUUAUGAGGUGGAACUUGGCCAUUCAGAUGAUGAUUCAUUGGUGAAGAUGAAAAAACCAACAACGGAUGGAAGUGAGAGGAGUGCCAAUGCCAGCAAAAGCAUUCUUGCUAGGAAUGCUGUGGCUUAUGACAGUGAUGAAACAAUUGAGAUGACUGAAGAGGAAAUAGAUCAAGCUUACAACACCGUAGCUUCUAAGCUUUGCAAAUGCUAAGUAAACAUUUGUGGGAGAUGAGAAGAUGACAUGGACGGAACUAUAUUGUGGUCUAGGGGAGUCAUGACUCCUGGGCUUUUGAAAACCCCACUGAUCAGCUAUUGUUUGAAGAGCAACUUCUCUCCCUUCAACAGAGUGGUUCCCCAGUUUUGGACUUGAGUAGUGACUGGUUCCGUCCCUGAAUGCUAGUGUGUGUGUGUGUUUCUUUGAAGGGGUCUGGCUGGCCUAUCAGCCAUGUAGCUAUUGCAACAUAUCUGCUCUGUUUAAGAAAAUUCAUAAUUCUCUUUUUACUUGUAUCCAAAUUCACCUCUUGCACAACCACUCUACUACAGUUAUAUUUUCUGCUGUG